GGAGGGGGCGGGCAGGGCCAUGGCCCCGGGGGGCCCCUAGUGCGGGCCGGCCCAGCGGGAGCCGCUCCGCAGCCGCAGCAGCCGCUCGGGCGCCCAGGCCCUGCCGCCGCAGAAGAGGUGUCAGAGCGGAGCUGCUUCCUGGGCCCUAGGCCCCUCCCACAAUGCUGGUCGCUGGUCUCCUCCUCUGGGCUUCCCUACUGACAGGGGCCUGGCCAGCCAUCCCCAACCAGGACCUCCCAGCCACGCCCCGUGUCCGGCUCUCGUUUAAAGAGCUCAAGGCCACAGGCACCGCCCACUUCUUCAACUUCCUGCUCAACACGACGGACUACCGACCACGACCGCAUGUACGUGGGCAGCAAGGACUACGUGCUGUCCCUGGACCUGCACGACAUCAACCGCGAGCCCCUCAUUAUCCACUGGGCGGCCUCCCCGCAGCGUAUCGAGGAGUGCGUGCUGUCCGGCAAAGACGGCAAGGGCGAGUGUGGGAACUUCGUCAGGCUCAUCCAGCCCUGGAACCGAACGCACCUGUACGUGUGUGGGACGGGCGCCUAUAACCCCAUGUGCACCUACGUGAACCGCGGCCGCCGCGCCCAGGCCACACCGUGGACCCAGACGCAGGUGGUCAGAGGCCGCGGCAGCAGAGCCACGGAUGGUGCCCUCCACCCGACGCCCACGGCCCCACGUCAGGAUUACAUCUUCCACCUGGAGCCUGACAGACUCGAGUCAGGGAAGGGCAAGUGCCCGUAUGACCCCAAGCUGGACACAGCCUCAGCCCUCAUCAAUGAGGAGCUGUAUGCUGGGGUGUACAUCGACUUCAUGGGCACCGACGCAGCCAUCUUCCGCACGCUGGGGAAGCAGACAGCCAUGCGCACGGACCAGUACAACUCCCGGUGGCUGAACGACCCUUCAUUCAUCCACGCCGAGCUCAUCCCUGACAGCGCGGAGCGCAAUGACGACAAGCUCUACUUCUUCUUCCGCGAGCGGUCGGCAGAGGCGCCGCAGAACCCCGCCGUGUACGCCCGCAUCGGGCGCAUCUGCCUGAACGAUGACGGCGGCCACUGCUGCCUGGUUAACAAGUGGAGCACGUUCCUGAAGGCGCGGCUGGUCUGCUCCGUGCCGGGCGAGGAUGGCAUCGAGACCCACUUCGAUGAGCUCCAGGAUGUGUUUGUCCAGCAGACCCAGGAUGUGAGGAACCCGGUCAUUUACGCCGUCUUUACUUCCUCGGGCUCCGUGUUCCGAGGCUCUGCCGUGUGCGUCUACUCCAUGGCCGACAUCCGCAUGGUCUUCAACGGGCCCUUCGCCCACAAAGAGGGCCCCAACUAUCAGUGGAUGCCCUUCUCGGGGAAGAUGCCCUACCCACGGCCUGGCACGUGCCCUGGGGGGACCUUCACACCAUCCAUGAAGUCCACCAAGGACUACCCCGACGAGGUGAUCAACUUCAUGCGCAGCCACCCGCUCAUGUACCAGGCCGUGUACCCACUUCAGCGCCGGCCCCUGGUGGUCCGCACGGGGGCCCCCUACCGCCUCACCACUGUGGCUGUGGACCAGGUGGAUGCGGCCGACGGGCGCUAUGAGGUGCCUUUCCUGGGCACAGACCGCGGGACAGUGCAGAAGGUCAUUGUGCUACCCAAGGACGACCAGGAGAUGGAGGAACUCAUGCUGGAGGAGGUGGAAGUCUUCAAGGACCCUGCACCUGUUAAAACCAUGACCAUCUCUUCAAAGAGGCAACAACUGUACGUGGCCUCGGCCGUGGGCGUCACGCACCUGAGCCUGCACCGCUGCCAGGCGUACGGCGCUGCCUGUGCCGACUGCUGCCUGGCCCGGGACCCCUACUGCGCCUGGGACGGCCAGGCCUGCUCCCGCUACACGGCGUCUUCCAAGAGGCGGAGCCGCCGGCAGGACGUCCGGCACGGGAACCCCAUCAGGCAGUGCCGAGGCUUCAACUCCAACGCCAACAAGAACGCCGUGGAGGCCGUGCAGUACGGCGUGGCGGGCAGCGCGGCCUUCCUGGAGUGCCAGCCCCGCUCGCCCCAGGCCACGGUCAAGUGGCUAUUCCAGCGGGAUCCCAGUGACCGGCGCCGCGAGAUCCGUGCCGAGGACCGCCUUCAGCGCACAGAGCAGGGCCUGCUGCUGCGCACCCUGCAGCUCGCCGACCGCGGCCUCUAC